AUGAGCAAGAACAGGUUCGAAACAUUGCUGAAUUGCCUUCGUUUUGAUGAUGCGAGCACCAGAGAUGAACGCCGUAGCUCUGAUAAGGCUGCACUUAUAUCUCAGCUUUUUGAAAAGCUGAUACAAAACUGCAAAGAAGUUUGUUCAAUUGGCAGUUACGCUUUUAUUGACGAGAUGUUGGUGGCUUUCCGUGGGAGGUGCCGCUUCAAAAUGUACAUGCCGAAAAAGCCCAACAAAUAUGGAUUAAAAAUUAUGUGCAUGACUGAUGCCAAAAACGGAUACUUUGUGGAUGCUUACAUAUACUUGGGAAAAGACUCAGAUAGCCAAGGCUUGCCCAUUGAAUACCAGACUGAACAAACCCACGCAAGUGGUUUUGCGAUUGGUUGCGUCGAUUGA